AUGGAACUAAUGUCAAAAAUAGGAUAUCCUGUGGUCGAGCAAGCACAGAGAGCCACCCCAACACCGAGCUCAACUAUUGGAGGAGGUUACCGUAGGCGGAAACGCGAAACCAAAUUUGGCAGCUACAGAACACUAAACGAUGAUGCUUAUAACAGUGAUAUGGACGACUUAUGCGAUCCAGAUUUUUAUCUGAACUAUCAACCAUCCGCCCCCAUCAAUAAGGUAGCGCCAAAACCACCAGAACGAGCUGCACCACCUCCUGAUUCACGAAACCAUGCAGGAACGAGAAGCGUCCAAUUGCCGAGGAAGAAGUACCAGCCCGUUGAGGCAUUCACAGAUCCGCUUGAUGAUAUAUUGGCGUCGACCGCUCCAGUAUCAGCAACGUCAUGCGUCGACUUACGCGAUCGCGAUGCGCACCGCAAUCGGAAUUGUAGGAGCAUCGCAGCCUUGACUGGUCCGACAAAGACCUACGCUGAACGACGUGAUUCGCCAUAUUUCCGAGUUCGAAAGCUGCGGCUUUUUCCGGGAGACUUCGCUCAAGAAAAAACGGCGAUUUACUGA